UCUCGAUUUCAUCGUUCACUUGGUCAACUCUGACUUUGAGUUGUUCGAACUUUACUUCAUCUGCGUCACAAGCGUACGUUGUUCUUUCCCAACGAAUCUGCUCGAUCGAUACUCCAAGAUUGAUUCUGCUGCGCCUUUGUCUGCAUUCUCCGUUCCGGUCAACGAUGGAGUCAACAAAGGUUUGCAUGAACGCACAGUGUAGAGCGGCCUCUACUUCGGGAGAAUGGAAUAGAGGCUGGCCUAUGAGAUCCGGUGAAUUUGUCUCUCUCUGCGAUAAGUGUGGGUCCGCUUACGAGGAAUCAAUUUUCUGCCAAGUGUUCCACGCAGAGGAGUCUGGUUGGAGAGUGUGUAACUCAUGUGACAAGCGUCUUCACUGUGGAUGCAUUGCUUCUAGAUUCAUGUUUGAGCUUCUAGAUAAUGGCGGUGUUACAUGUAUAAGCUGCGCCAAAAAAUCUGGACUAUUCUCUAUGAAUGUGAGCCACGAGUCCAACGGUAGAGACUUCCCUGCAUUUGCUUCAGCAGAGUUUGCAGGCAAUCUCAAGAACUUGCUUCAUUUACAAAGAAUCGGCGCUUCUCAGUCUUUUCUUCACAUGAAACAAGAAGAGUCUCUGCUUCCUGCAAGACUAGAUGCUCUUAGACACAACUCAGAGAAGAAAGAGUUGCAGGAAUCAUCUACACAGCCAAACUUGAGCAUUUCUCUUGGAGCUACGCUUAUGACAAGCCCCUUUCAUGAUGCUGUUGUUGAUGACAUAAGUAAGACUACUCCAAUUUUCCAACUGGCCUCUCGGUCCAGACAACUGCUGAUGCCAAAACCUGCAAACUUAGCUCCUACUGCUGCUGUUGUUGGUAACAGUAGUACUACUCCAAUUUUCCAGCAGGCUCAACGGUCCAUACAGCUGCUCAUGCCAAAACCUGGCAACACAGCUCCCACUGCUGCUGGCAUGGAGCCUAAUGGGAGCCUCGUGUCACAGUCACAGAUUCAUGUAGCUCGGCCUCCUCCAGAAGGUCGCGGAAACGGGAAGACUCAGUUGCUUCCUCGUUAUUGGCCUAGGAUUACUGAUCAGGAGCUGCAACAGUUAUCUGGAAACUCAAAUUCAAAAAUUAUACCACUCUUUGAAAAAGUUCUGAGUGCAAGUGAUGCGGGUCGUAUAGGUCGACUGGUUCUUCCUAAAGCAUGUGCAGAGGCAUAUUUCCCUCCCAUCUCUCAACCAGAGGGUCUCUCGUUAAAGAUACAAGACAUAAAAGGGAAAGAAUGGGUGUUCCAGUUCAGGUUUUGGCCUAAUAAUAACAGCAGGAUGUACGUUUUAGAGGGUGUGACUCCUUGCAUUCAGUCCAUGCAACUGCAAGCUGGCGAUACUGUAACGUUCAGCCGCACGGAACCUGAAGGAAAACUUGUAAUGGGAUACCGUAAAGCGACAAACUCUACAGCAACACAGGUGUUCAAGGGAAGCAGCGAACCCAAUCUGAGCUUGUUUUCCAACAGUUUGAGCCCGGGAUGUGGUGAAAUCAACUGGUCUAAACUUGACAAGUCUGAGAAUAUUGCAAAAGAUAGUUUAAUGCUUCAGCCGUCCUUAGUUUCUGCUAGGAAACGGGUUCGGAACAUUGGAACUAAGAGCAAGCGACUGCUCAUUGAUAGCGUAGAUGUUCUGGAGCUGAGACUAACUUGGGAGGAGACGCAGGAACUGCUCAGACCGCCUCAAUCCGCCAAACCAAGCAUAUGUACGGUGGAAGAUCACGAUUUUGAAGAAUAUGAAGAACCACCAGUGUUUGGGAAGAGGACAGUUUUUGUGUCACGUCAAACAGGGGAACUAGAGCAAUGGGUUCAGUGUGACGCCUGUGCAAAAUGGCGACGCCUGCCUGUGGAUACUCUUCUUCCACCAAAGUGGUUGUGCUCAGAUAAUCUCUUGGAUACUGGAAGGUCUUCAUGUUCUGCGCCUGAUGAACUCACCCCAAGAGAAAAGGAUACGCUUGUACGGCUGAACAAAGAGUUCAAAAGGAGGAGACUGGCAUCAUCAAACGAAAAAUUAAACCAGGAGCAGGACGCAUCUGCUCUAGAUCAUCUAGCAAAUUCCAUCACCAUGACAGGUGAACAAAGGGAUACGGAGGUUGCAGCCACGACCAAGCACCCAAGACACAGGGCAGGGUGUUCAUGCAUUGUCUGCAGCCAGCCGCCUAGUGGGAAAGGCAAACACAAGCCCUCAUGCACUUGUACUGUGUGCGAGGCAGUGAAGAGGCGGUUCAAGACGCUCAUGAUGCGGAAGAGGAAUAGGGAAGAGGCAGAGCAGGCAAGCCAGCAGGCUCUGUCAGAAUGCAGAGAUGAGACAAAAGUGGAAAACGUUCCAGCUGUUGAACCAGUAGCAGGGGGAAACAUUGACUUAAACUCAGACCCGGUGGCUUCCCAAGUGAGCAUGGUGAGCCUUCUGCAAGCUGCAACCUUUCCUAUGGAGACAUAUCUGAAAGAAAAAGUUGUUCCAAAUACUGCAGCAGAACAUCAAAGCAGUGAUGUGGUAAGCACAGAGCAUGGUUCUUCCUCAGCCGCAUAAGAACAUGACAGAGACACAAACGGAGCUCCUGAGCCUCUGAACUAACUUAAUCCCUUGGGAAUUCUCCGUGAGUACUGCCCUGGUCUAACUAACUAACUAACUAACUAACUAACUAACCCCUUUGGAGUUUUCCAUGAGUACUUAUGCUUCAGAGGUAUGUUUAUUUAGGUAUACAACCUUGUUCAGUUUCGUCACAUAUAUGGUGGAGUAGUUAAGACUAUUCUACCAAGUGUGGAUCAUAGAAAUGAGGAAUUUAUUGUUCCCUUGUUUUUAUUGGAUUUUGUUUUGGUUUUCUUCUGUGGGAUGAGGCUUGAGAGAAACAAAAGAGAUGUGAAUCUUGAUGAGGUUUCAAAAUAACUUUUUAUGUGUGAAUAUGUUUUGGAAAUGCAUAGGACAACAAGCUCAGUCCUGGACGUUUGUAACAUAUGUAUAU